GAAGGUAUAACUUCCUUUUCCAAAGAAUUGUCCUGUUUGUAAGGAUCAUGGCCAGUAAUUGGAGUCUUUGUGGUGUUUGUGAUAGUCGUCAGAUAACCAAAUCAUCAGUAGUCUGGUGUUCCGAAUGCGACGAGGGGUUAUGUGGAGAUUGUAUGGAGCAUCAUAGUAAUUCCAAGGCAACAAGAAACCACGAAACCGUUUCCAUUGCAGAAUACAAGAAAUUACCGUUCGAAGUUCUGCAAAUCGCUCAGGUUUGUAAAAUACAUAAUGAAAAAUACGAUCUUUUCUGUAAAAAACACGAUUGUCCAUGCUGUAAGAAAUGUGUGAAAUCUCACAACGAUUGUAAAGGUUUAACCGACAUCAAUGAACUCAUAAAAAACGUCAAAACUUCAAACGCCUUUUAUGAAAUCGAACAAACCCUGUUGGAAGUUGUAGAUAAUAUGAAUCUAAUCAUUACUAACCGAAAAGACAAUUUAACUUUGCUAAAAAAGAAGAAAACAGGAAUCGAAGAAGAAAUAAAACAAACCAGGACCAAGAUAAAUAAGUACCUUGAUAAACUUCGGGAUGAUAUGAUGAACGAAUUAAUGGCAACAGAACAAAAAGAAAGCAGUAAGAUACAAAACUUGUUGACUACACUAAAACAGAAAGAGAAAGAGAUCACUGAAUUCAAAGCAAACAUCGCUAAUAUUAAACAGCAUGCGUCCGAACUUCAAACUUUUUUGGCAAUGAAACAAAUCGAGAAAGAUAUAUCAGUCGAAGAAAAAUUUAUUCAAUCGAUUAUCAAAACGGACACAAUGAAUCAAGUCAUUAUUUCAUGCCAAAUCAACAAUUAUAUACAGCAAAUCACGGCCAGCGGUCAGAAGUUUGGAGAAAUUAAUGUUUCUUCUGAUCUCUGUAAUUUGUCAAUUCAGAAACGGAAGCACAAACAAGCACAAAUUAUGGUAGCUCUUCCCACCAGAAAUAUCGAUAAUCUGACUCUGACAUUACAAAAACGUAUCAAUACAGGGUUGUCAGAGGUCGCAGGUUGUUCUAUGCUUCCAGAUGGUAGGAUGGUAUUCUCCUGUAUUAGACAAAACAAAGUAAGAGUACUCAAAUCUGACGGUUCAAAAGAUUUCGAAAUAAAUGAUAUCGGUGAUACGUUUGAUGUGGUAUUUAUUGGUGAUGAUUCUAUUGCUGUUACAUCUUACUUUUCUAAAAAGAUAAAUAUAAUCGACAUGAAGAAUAACAAAAAGAAGAAAACUAUAAACACAAGGUCUUGUAACGGUGGAAUAGCAUACAAUGAUGGGAGUCUGCUCUAUUGUUGCAGGGAGAAUGGACUACAGAUGAUUAAUCUUAGUGAUGAAUCCAUAACCAAUGUUAUCAAUGUCAAACUUUCUUCCUUAUCGUACGUUACAGUAUUCGGUGACAAACUGUUCUACACAAACUGUGACAAUAACAGUGUAACCUGUUGUGAUUACCAUGGUAACAUACUGUGGACGUUCUGUGAUACAAGUGUUCUGAGAUCUCCACUCGGUAUCUCUGUAGACAAUGAUGGUAACGUGUUUGUAGUGGGAUAUGCUACUAAAAAUGUGAUCGUUAUCUCUCCUGAUGGACAACGCUGCAGAGAAGUCGUAUCGAGUAAAGAUGGACUGAUCAGACCAGCGGUUCUGCACUAUGACCAAUCAAACGAUAAGUUGUUAGUUGUUAAUUCAUGGACAUACGCGUUAUUAUUUGAGGUUAAAUGUUGAGUAAUGAUGUAUACUAUUUCAGUUACCUGACAAAACAUUUCGUUAAUCUAUAAAUUGCAGACUAUAUUUAAAUUAAAUUAUUUGAUAUGA